GUCUCACGGGACAUUUCACAUGAGCUGGCUGGCACGGGACAAACCAUCAACCAUGAAGAUAAUACUAAGCAACCAGGAUGGCGGAACCCCGCCAACAUGGGCUUUCCAUCUGAGCAAUGCAGCUGCAUGAUCUCGCGUGCCGGGAAGUUCCUCUCAUGCACGUCGCACGCUUCGGCCACGCCGCAAGGCGAUUGUUGGUGUGGCGUACGUGCGUGGAAACGAAAUCGACAUUUGCACGGAAAGGGUCUAGAGCCUGACAGCAGCCACCAAAGAAGCGACACCAUUUCCAGGCAAGCGGGGUGCUCGGUCCCGAUGGGAUCUCAGGACAACCACUCACGCAACACGCCCUCGCCAAACCAAAAAUGUCGUGCGAACGCCCUAGUCGCGCAACUCGCAGGGAGCUGGGCGCGGCGCGGGCGAAGAAAAACCAAGCGGAAUUUUGGCCCUGCGCACACCACCGCACCCUCAAUCCCGGUCGACAUGCGGGCGACCAACCUCACUUCGCACAUUCGCGACGCUAAUUCUCCCUCACUAGAAGCUUUCGAGAAUGUGCGUUACCCUUUCCGCCACUCUUUCCGGGGGAGCUGGCGCAUUGUCCUCUCGACCACCUGCUGUAACGUUACCGUGCUUCAUCUUCCGCCUUCGUCGAUCUUAUAAUCCUGCGACUCGUCGCCGCUUUUUGCUUUCCUAGUCCUCCUCUGUUCGAUAUCGUUUGUUCCCUACCUGAGGACUGUCCCU